AGACGAGCUCCCGUUAACGGUCGAUUCCGCUCCGCGUAUUUUUACGUGGACUUCACGGCAUUGCGUCACGUUGAUGAAUUUGAAGAGGUGCUACCUAGAGGCGCAUCCUUCCGCUUAUGAUAAACAAAUCUGCGCCAGUCAGUUGCGUCGGUGAUAUAUUCCCGGAUCGCGCGGCUCGGGAUGAUCGGUGAGGCUAAUGAACUCGCUCUUCCGUUCGAUCUCCGCGCCAUCCCGCGGUGUGACGGAUAGACACGGGUCCGCUGCGCCCAUGGCGGGUCCCGCUUUCACCGGAACGCACGGGACCUGGAUCACAUCCCGAUUACGGGAGGACGCGUCAUCUUCCUCAUCGUUAUCAUCAUCGUCGUCCGCAGAGAAACCGCGCAAACGGAGAGCAUUUAACCUGGUCAGACUGCGGCAGCCCGCCGCCCCCGGUAACAACAACACACCGUUUGUGAUCUCCGGUCAUAUCAAGCACAUCUGCAGUAACUGCAGCCGCGGGAACGACAUCCGGGACGCAGAGGGGGCGGAGCGUCUGGCGGCGAUGCGCUCUGAUUCGCUGGUUCCCGGGACGCACACGCCUCCGAUCCGCAGACGCAGCAAACUGGCCAGUCUGGGACGACUCUUCAAACCGUGGAAAUGGAGAAAGAAAAAGAGCGACACGUUCAAGCAGACGUCUGCAGUGCUGGAGAGGAAGAUGUCGACGCGUCAGAGCAGGGAAGAGCUCAUCAAGAGAGGCGUGCUGAAGGAAGUGUACGAGAAAGUAGAGGAGGUCAGUAUGAGUGAUCUGGACAGACAGACGGUCAUCAGUCCGGUGUCAGAGUCUGUAGAAACCAGCGGCACAGCGACAGUGUCGUUCUCAGAGAUCCAGUCGUCUGGAGAAACUGUGGCGUGUCUCUCGGAUCUCGUCCCAAAGCCAUCUCAAGCCCCGCCCCCUGUGAAGCCUGUGCCGUUGCCUAGCGACAGCGCUGACAUCACUCACGCGAGGCCGUCGUUGCUGAAGCAGCCUCCUGCCUUACCGCCGAAGCCAUACAGCUGGAUCCCCAACCAUCUGACAGAGACGCUGGCCAGGCUGUCGCCGCCUUUGCCUCCAAAGAGAGUGAUGAUAUGUGAGCCGACGCCCUCGUUCCCCCUCAAAUGCCUGCCGUCCCAGGGCUCACACACACACACACACUCGCACUCGCAGCAGUACGCCACACUGCCGCUGUCACUGCAUCCACCCAGCCGCAUCAUAGAAGAGCUCAACAAAACACUCGCACUCACCAUGCAGAGACUCGAGAGCUCUGUACUGCAGGCAAUGCCAUCUGUCCUGAUGGAGACGGAAGAGGAGAAGGAGAACAGAGAUUCAAUGCACCAAACUCCUGCCAACACACACACACUCAUCACACACACCUUCAGCACACACGCGGAAGAGGACGAGGAAGAGGAGGAUGACGACGACUCGCUGUUUACAAGUACGCUUGCUUUAAGGAUCUUACGGAAAGAUUCGCUGGCGAUCAAACUGAGCAAUCGCCCGUCGAAGAGAGAACUGGAGGAUAAAAACAUCUUACCGAUGAUGAGUGACCAGGAGCGGAUAGAGUCCAGACAACAGAUUGGCACCAAACUCACCCGUCGUCUGAGCCAGAGACCGUCAGCAGAAGAGCUGGAGCAGAGGAACAUCCUCAAACCGCGGAACGAGCUGGAGGAGCUGGAGGAGAAGCGCGAGCUGAAGAAACGGCUCUCCAGGAAGCUGAGUCAGAGGCCCACUGUAGAGGAGCUCCGAGAGGCCAAGAUCCUCAUCCGCUUCAGUGAUUACGUGGAGGUAGCAGAAGCUCAGGACUACGACCGGCGCGCAGACAAACCCUGGACCAGACUCACUGCUGCUGAUAAGGCUGCCAUACGCAAAGAGCUGAACGAGUUCAAAAGCACAGAGAUGGAGGUGCACGAGUCCAGUCGACAUCUAACCAGGUUUCAUCGGCCGUAGAGCCGCUUCAGUCCAUCAGUGAUCUCUUCGUCUCUAAUGGACUCUGAACAGACUCUGUUUGAUCAGGAAUCACUCGCAGCAGAUCUGAGCUGACGAUCUGUCUGUGUGCACAUAUUUCUGUACAUUUUGACAAAAACUGAUCUAUCACGUGCUCUUCGCCAUGAAUUUCUCUCUUUGUGUUUUGUUUUUCCAGGCGAUGCUUUUUAAUGCAGCAGACGAUGUAGUUGAUUUUCUACCUGUUACGGAUAAACUAUUCCAGUCCUUUUAGUUUUCAAAAACCGAGAACACAAAGGAAAACGACUUUCUAACGAGCGCAAACCACAUUAUUACACGCCGUCUUUAAAGAAAUAGUUCAGCCAGAAAUG